AUGUCUUUAUCAGGGCACAAAGCAAUGGUUUCCCAGGUGAUAUAGCAAGAUUUCUAUCUCCAGCACUGAAGACUUCUAUUCCCAUGUGCUUGCUGUUCAAAAUCAGACUCAGUUCUGCCAAUGCUGGCGUACUUAGCGUUUGCAGGAAGCUGUUUUUUAAUGAAAAUCCUACAUUGGAUUGUAAUAAUUGGUCAUCUAGUGUUUCUAAUUUCCAGUUACUAACAUGGACAGAGGUGAAGGUCAGUCUCUCAGCUCUUGAUAUAGAGUUCAGAAUUGUAUUUCAAGCAACCAAAGGGGAAGGUGAAGGUUAUAUUGAUGUUGAUAAUAUAUAUAAAAUUGAUG